GCGAGCGAGAGAAAGCGAGAGCGUGCAAGAGAGAGAGAUUCUCUGUAAGUGAUCUGUUUCCAGUAAUAUUGUUGUAGUUUGGAGUGUUGAGUCGUGUUUGACAGUAGAUGCAGAAUGAAAACACAGACGGUUUCUGGACUAAACUGAUGAAUCGAUAUGAAGGAUCUCCACUCAAACGGGUUAACCAGUGCCCACUGGCACAAUGGAACAGUGAAAGCAACCUCUCUAAUUCUCUAACGGGUUAACCAGUGCCCACUGGCACAAUGGAACAGUGCAAGCAACCUUUCUAAUUCUCUAACGGGUUAACCGGUGCCCACUGGCACAAUGGACCGGUGCAAGCAACCUCUCUAGUUCUCUAACUUUACGUGUCCUAAAACAUCCAGCAGACAUUUACGAUCUCCCUCACACACUCGACUGUCCUAAACGACGAGCCGGAGAUAACGUCUCACUGGCAAGAUUAACUGUUAGCAAAGAGAAAUCUUUCUUUCAUGGUGAAGGAUGAAGGCCUUCUGCACGGCAGCAUCCAACGUGUCCUCGUCUCCCCUGAGCAACGCGGUUCUCCAGUUACACUAUAACUACACGGGCAAACUGGAUCAGAACCGGUGCUCAGAUGGACUCAAACCGGAAUCCAUAUUCUUUCUCUUCGUCUGUCUCCUUAUUGUCGUGGAGAACUGCAUCGUUCUCAUGGCCAUCUGGAGGAACAAGAAGUUUCACAUGCCCAUGUACUAUCUGUUGGGGAACCUGACGCUGUCGGACCUGUUGGCCGGAUUCACCUACAUGUUGAACAUCGUGCUGUCGGGCCGCAACACGUUAACGCUGACGCCGCUGCUCUGGUUCCUGAGGGAAGGAGGCGUGUUCGUCACAUUGACGGCGUCCGUCAUCAGCCUGCUGGCCAUCGCCAUCGAGCGCUACGUCACCAUGCUCAACAUGAAGACUCACCAGCGCGCCAAGCGUAACCGCAUGUUGGGUCUAAUCGGGGCGAGCUGGGCGUUGUCGCUGUUGCUGGGCGUACUGCCGAUUAUGGGCUGGAACUGUUUAAAUAACCUGAGCUGGUGCUCCACCGUACUGCCGCUCUACGCCAAAAGCUACGUCUUCUUCUGCGUGUUUGUUUUUAUGGCGGUUCUCUUAGCCAUCAUCGCCCUAUACGGACGGAUCUUUCUCUUCGUCAAGUCCAACACGCAAAAUCCGGCCUGCAAACAGCGCAAAGGCUUCUCGCGCCGUUCGCAGAAGUACAUGGUGUUGCUGAAGACGGUCACUAUCGUGCUAGGUGUGUUCAUUCUGUGCUGGCUGCCCCUGUUUGUGCUCUUCUUGUUGGACUUUAUGUGUCCUGUGAGAGAGUGUCCUGUUCUCUUCAAGGCCGGCUACUUCCUGGGUGUUGCCAUGAUGAAUUCCCUCAUAAACCCCAUCAUUUACACAAUGACCAGCAGAGACAUGCGGAGGGCCAUAGUGAAGCUGCUCUUCAAACCCUGCCUGGUGAGCAGAAACGGGCAGCUGAGGAAGAUCGCCAAAGUCCUCCCGCAGUGUAGCUUCACCAAGACGGACGUGAACCCUCCCGGUAUGGAAACCACGGUUUCUUCAGGCAAUUUCACCACCAUCAGAUCCAUCUACCCAAAGCUCAAAUUAUCAGUCGUGUCUUGAUCGUAUGGUGCGAUAUUCAGACGCUGGCCAAACGAACAAAUCAUGACAAAUCCAGUUGCUCAAAAUAAACCACUUUAUUCACAAACCGUCAAGCAGCCUAAAGAUGAAACUCCAGAUCAAAUCAGUUUCACAUCAGAUCACCUAAACAUCUGUGAUAUCAAAACUGUGCUUUUGUGACAUUUGUUUAGCUUAAGAUGAUCUUCUGUACAUAGUAGUGUGUGGGAUAAAAGCUGAGAAAAUGACAGAUGUUUAAAAGCCUGUUUGUCUGUCUCUGUGAUGCAAGUCAGGAAAAAAAUAAUCAGCUUCUUAAAAACUCUUGUGAAUGUCACACACAGACCACCAGCAGCACCACACUGAAUGACACACACAAACACACACACACGCACACAACCUUUAAAUAUCAAAAGAAUUUGUCACAUUUACAAAAGUGCAGAAAGAAAAUUCAUCAUCAUACCGCAUCAGUUUGAGAUGUGGGGCACUGCUGUAUUGUUUAUGUCAUGUGAUGUUUGAUGUGGAGUCUAUGUGGGUCAUUUAGCAUCAUUUACUGUAACACAACAUAUUUAAAGUUAUUUUUAUAUCUUCUGCUGUAAUAUCCAUAAUAAAUUAUCUUCUUUACUUUUGUAUAUGAAAUAUUUUUUGAAAAACAGCAAUACUGUAAAGUGUAGCGUCUACACAAACACACAAACACCUUUAGUUUCUGACAGUCAUGUCAAUAGAAUUCUCUGUGUACCACACAAACCACACAUAUAGUGCAGAGGAGGGGAGGGGGGCAAUAAGAAAAACGAACAGAAGCAAUGAGAAAUUCCCCACCAUAAUCGACUGACAGUGACUCGUGCCGAUAGCUGCGUUUCCAUUACCCUUGAAAUUGUGCAAAUUGAUGUCUUUCCAUUGACCAUUUUGUCAAUUUAAAGUGUUAUGGAAACGCAGCUAGUGUGGGGAUCUAAAUGUAGGUCUCUAUGUGUAAAUGAGCUUUAAAUCAUUAUGAUAAAUUGUACAAAUAGAUAUUUCUUGAAAAUCUAAAAGAGCAGAAAGUUUUCUAUGAAGGUUAAGUUUAGGGGAAAGAUUACGCCGUCUGUAAUAGAGAGCAGUGAGAGUGUGUUUGUGUGUGUUGUAUGAGCGAGCAGAUGAUAUCUCUUCAUCUGUUAUUGCUCUAAAUAUCAUCGAUCACAUCAGCGGUACAGACAUUAAUUUCUCAGGCUGACUUUAUUUUAUCGAAAUCCUCACAGCUGUCCUCUGAAUGUGAUCACCAGCAGUUAUUGAGCUGAAGUCACUGUAUGAAAUGAAUUGAACAGAAUUUAUUUGCUGUGUUGUGUUGAUUUAAUCUCUAUAUAAAGCUUCAUCAUUAGAAAGAGAUUUUCAUAAUUGCAUGUAUAAGUGGUCCAGUGUGUUGUUCAUUGUGUCUGUCAGAAGUUUCAUGUUAACCAUAUUGGAUGACACAUGGUGUCGGUAUUACAUGUAGGUUGACUGCGGGCAGAGAUCUGUGGGCGUCUGCAGAGGGCUCUGCUCUUGCACACUUACAUGGAAACACAAUUCAGCUCAGCAUCCCUGGCACUUACCGUAAACACACACAAACACUGAGACGUACGCAACUAACCACAGGCUAUACUGAUAAACCCACAGCCUUAAGAUGGACACGUGCAUCACACACACACACACGCACGCACGCACAU